GACGGCGUUACCGUCUCCAAGGAGCGGUCCGGGGCACCGGUUUCAAAGUCGCAGGGCGGGCCGAGUGGACUUCCGCUGCUGGCCCCGGGUUUCCCCGCUGUCCUGGAGUCAACCGCUCCACCCCAAACGCUCUUCCGGGGACGCCGUCACCCGGCUUCUUGCCAGCUCCUUCGGCUAUCUCCUAAGUGGCCCGAUACGACCCCGAGUGACCUGCGGGACGCCUAUAGCCACCUGCGUCCCCGUUUUACCCGGCCGGGAUUCGGGUGAACGUGGAACAAAAUUCACUUGGCGGGUCCCCAGCAGACCUGAAAUCUGAAGUCUGUUGCUUGAGCGACGGGCUACGCUGGGACUCGGGAGAAGAAGGCGCGGCGGGGCUGUUGACGCCGCGUGAGUAGGAUGCUGAUUACACCGCUCGAGUGCUUGACAACCUCCGGAGCGUUGCUUUAGUUUUGUUUUCCCGCACAGCGAGCUGUGGGGUUUUUCUUUUUCGGUGGUGGUGGGGGUCGGGGGGGGGGGGAUUGUUUUGUUUUUGUUGUUUUUGAAGAAAGUGAAGGUGGUGAAAGCUCCAAACUAAAAUUCUAUCGAAAUGGCCACAGAAAUCGACUUUCUGAGAGAUCAAAAUCAACGACUAAAUGAAGUACUUAGACGAUAUCACAUGGAGAACUUUUCCAAAUAUUCGUCGGUGCAGAAAACUGUCUUCAAAGGAGAUGGAGAUGACACAUUAGAAAACACAAUAGUUGAUCAAAGCUUUUUAGCUCCUCUUAUUAUUGAGUAUGAUAAGCAUCUGGAAGAGCUAAAUAGGCAGCUGAAAUAUUAUCAGAAACAUAUGGGCGAGAUGAAACUACAUCUUGAAAAUGUCAUCAAGGAAAACGAAAGGUUGCACAGCGAAUUAAAAGAUGCUGUUGAAAAGCAACUGGAGUCCUUUCCCUUUGGCACAGAUGUGGGAAAUGAUAUAUAUACAGAUGAUGAAACAGUUAGGAAUCUACGAGAACAAUUACAACUAGCCAAUCAAGAAAAAACUCAGGCUGUGGAACUCUGGCAGACUGUUUCUCAGGAGCUGGACAGACUUCAGAGACUUUAUCAGGAACAUAUGACUGAGGCCCAGAUUCAUGUAGUUGAAAGUCAAAAACAAAAGGAUCAAUUGACCAAUUUUCAACAAUUGACCAGGCAACUUCAUGUAACUAAUGAGAACAUAGAAAUGACUAACCAACACUUUCUGAAAACAGUAACUGAACAAAAUGUGGAAAUUGAGCGACUCCGAAAACAACUUAGGCAAGCCAAGUUAGAUCUGAGAGUUGCAGCAGCAAAAGUGGAAGAGUUAAAUAACACAACUGAAAAUCUUCAAGGACAAAUGCAAAAGAAGGAGGAGGAAAUGUUGUCUGCCCAAGGAAGAGAGGAAGCAUCAGAUAGGCGUUUACAGCAGUUACAAUCUAGUAUAAAACAAUUAGAAACAAGACUCUGUGUAGCAAUCCAAGAAGCCACCCAAUUAAGAGCACAAAAAACACAUUUGGAAAAACAGACUAGAGAAUUACAAGCAAAGUGCAAUGAAUUAGAAAACGAAAAAUAUGAAGCUAUUGUAAGAGCCAGAAAUAGCAUGCAGCUCUUAGAAGAAGCUAACCUUCAAAAAAAUCAGGCUCUACUUGAAGAGAAGCAAAAAGAAGAAAAUAUAGAGAAAAUGAAAGAAACAGUCUCUCGGCUUGUGCAAGAUGCUGCCAUAAGAACCAGGAAGGAAGUUGCAAGCACAAGAAAACAGUGUAAUGUACAGAUUUCUCGACUAGUAGAAGAACUGUCAGCCCUUCAAAUGGAGUGUGCUGAAAAACAAGGCCAAAUUGAACGAGCCAUUAGGGAGAAAAAAGCAGUGGAAGGAGAACUAGAAAAGAUUUACCAUGAAGGUAGAGUAAAUGAAAGUGAUUACAGAAAACUAGAAGAAAUGCACCAAAGAUGUCUGGUUGCAGAGCGUUCAAAAGAUGAUCUUCAACUAAGACUUAAGACAGCAGAAAAUAAAAUAAAACAACUUGAAAUAAAUUCCUCAGAAGAGAUAUCCCGUUGCCAAGAAAUGAUUCAGAAACUUCAAAACAUAUUGGAGUCUGAGAGAGAGAACUGUGGAUUUGUCAGUGAACAAAGGCUGAAACUUCAGCAAGAAAAUGAACAGUUACAGAAAGAGACUGAAGAUUUAAGAAAGCUUGCUCUCGAGGCUCAAAAAAAAGCCAAAUUAAAGAUCAGUACAAUGGAACAUGAAUUUUCAAUAAGGGAACAUGGAUUUGAAGUUCAACUGAGAGAGCUGGAAGAUAGUAAUCGAAAUUCCACUGUUGAACUGAGGCAUCUCUUAGUGACUCAACAGAAGGCAGCCAAUAGGUGGAAAGAAGAAACAAAGAAACUUACUGAAAGUGCAGAAAUUAGAAUCAGUAAUCUAAAGAGUGAGCUGAGUCGACAGAAACUUCAUACCCAAGAGCUGCUUUCUCAGCUGGAAAUGGCAAAUGAAAAGGUAGUUGAGAAUGAAAAACUAAUUCUAGAGCAUCAAGAAAAAGCCAACAGACUUCAAAGGCGUCUAAGUCAGGCAGAACAGAGAGCGGCUUCGGCUUCCCAGCAGCUCAGUGUGAUUACAGUGCAGAGAAGAAAAGCAGCCUCCAUGAUGAAUCUGGAAAAUAUUUAAAAAUAUUCAUAGUUCACUCACAGAACUUUAGAAUUGGGAAAGCUGUUGGACUAGAAGUGUAUUGAAAUGGUAAAAACCUGCAGAGAAUGGUUAAGGCUUGUGUCAUUUUGCAUAAGCAUUUUCCAUUCUGUUUUGAGGGUUAUGAGAAAACAGAACAGUGGCAGCUUCCUGUAAGUAAAGAAAAUAUAACCCUAUAUUGAGCUUCAGUGGAGAAUAAAGCCAACUGAGAAGAAUUCAUUGCCUUCAUCAACGUGUCUGUUUUUCAAUUCCCCCUUUCUUCCGUUGGAAGAGCAUAAUAAUUUUCAAACUAUACUAAUCAUGGGAAAGAGAUUUUUAAGACAAUGUUAGAUUUUAAUAUUUCAGGUUCCAUGAUUUGAGAAUUUUACAUCUAAUUGUUACUCCUAACUCAUUUUUUUAAGUUCCCAAGUAUCCAAUUUAUUAUAAACUCAUAAAUGUAAUAAAUUAUGCACUUUCUAAAAUG